ACGCUGCAGGUGGGACAGGCAGGACACGCAGCCAAGUGUCGUUGCACUUGACAGAUACUAGUAGGUCUCUGACCUCGUUUUUGCCUUCAGCAGCAGAGAUGGCGUUCGUCCCUGAUUUGGACACACUGGAGAGCAGCAGCCUGAACGAGGAGACGUUUUAUGGCCCUGACUGCCUCUGCCUGCAGAAGGUACCACUGGGGUGGUGGGAACGGCGAGACCCCCAUGAUGGUGAAGCUGGGCCCUCACCCCACAUCCCCUUUCCUCUCCAGAAACCCCACCUGGACUUGGACGUGACAUCGCCUGGGGUGGGCAUCCAGAUGACAGUGACCAAUGAACACCCUGCCAGGACCUUUUGGCAGUCCGCCAUCCGUGUGGUGACUGUGACCAAGCUCCUGGAGCAGCCGAUGCAUGAGGACUUUGCCGACGGUGACCUUGGUGGCUUCUUGGAUGAAAUUUUCGAGCCCGUCCCCUUCCAGCGGGUUGAGGAGAGCUAUGCCGGGGCGCCCAUCUACCGCUACACCCGCUCCCAGUCCUUCGACAUCCUCGACAUUGCCCACAGGUGCUUCGUACUGGAGUCGCCCACCCAGCUGGUGGCCCUGCACCUGCAGGGACCCGCUGCCAGUCAGAAAGUGAAGCUCAACAUUGCUCUGUAUCGUCCCCGGUCACCACAUGGUGGCUUGGGCACUGGGAGGGUGCCAGUGGCACUGGGCAUCAAGGGCUACCAACUCUACAUGUCAUGCGUGAUGAGUGGUGCUGAGCCCAUGCUUCAGCUGGAGGAAGCUGACAUCAGGAGGGACAUCGAGAGCACGGAGCUGACCCGCUUUAUCUUCUACCGCCUGGACAGCCCAGAUGAGGACACCACCCGCUUCGAGUCAGCCGCCUUCCCCGGCUGGUUCAUCUGCAACUCCUUGCAGCCUCGGCAGCCUGUUAGCAUCACCAAACAUCCUGACCAGGUCAACAUUGCUACCUACAAGCUGAGUGGGCGCUGAGGAGCCCUGCUCCCAACCCAACCCAACCGGCAGUCACCGGUUUUCAGGCUGUAUGUACCAAGUACAAACCCUCCUAGCUGGGACCCCCAUCCCCCCCAUCUAUUUCAGGUGAAAUAGGAGCUCUGGGCCCCAUGGGCCUGAGACACUGCAAUUUAUACAUAUUUAUUGCGUUUGUCCCAUGUUUUUAUACUAAUUUAUUGUGUCCACCUCUUGCUUUUAACUUCUGUACAUUUUAUUGGAAAUCUUGUGGUUUUGUUAUCAGGAGUUGGUGUAUUUGUUAGUGAUGGAGGUGGAAAUAAAGGGUUUCCCAGGA